AUGUCUGAUUUCCCUAAUUUGAUACCCAAGAAAUCCUUAGAUAAGAUUAUCACCAAUGAUAAUGGUCAUCAUCAACAACAACAAAAAGAAGAUGAUUUGGAUACUUUAGUUGAUGAUUCAUAUUUACAUUCAAAACCAACUAGUGUAGUGUAUACUCCUGGUUCUAGUCACUUAUCAUCAAGCUACCACCAUCAUGAUACCACAACACUUGUUGACGGACAAGAGGGGAGCAGCAGUAGUUCAAGAGGACUUACUCCUCGUCAAAAGAAGACGGUUGAUGCAUCGGUUCAACAAUUACAUUAUAAUGAGAAUAGAAUUUGUUUGGAUCGAGCAAUAAAUCAAACUAUUGAAUUAAUGUAUGAAUUAUCUGAAGAGAAUAAACAAAGACCAAUAUUUUAUCCAACUGAAAUUGAAGAUGAUAAUUCGAUUUUAUUGAAUUCACCAAAAGCUCAUUUAGCUUUAGUGAGACAAAAUUUAUCACUUAAAUCUUUGAAUAAAUCAAAAAUAACUGAAGAUGAUGAUAGUUUAGAAAAGGAUUUACCCGAGUUUAAGAUUUUGAAAUUGAAUUUAAAGAUUGGAAGUCAUCAUGAUAAUGUAAUGGCAAAUUUAGAUAAGAAAUCAAUUGCAAGUUUAUUAGAAAAGAAAUUACAACAACAAGUGAAAUAUUUAUUAAAUUUGAAAGAUAGAGUCGAUGAUACAAGUUCUAAAGUAUUUGUUACUGGAGAUUUGAAUUCUGGUAAAUCAACUUUUUGUAAUGCAUUAUUGAGAAGAAAAGUAUUACCAGAAGAUCAACAACCAUGUACUUCUGUCUUUUGUGAAGUUGUUGAUGCAAGUAAAGAAAAUAAUAGUUUGGAAGAAGUUCAUGCAAUCCCAAUUGGGAAAGAUUAUAAUAUUCGNGAGAAGAAAAUUGUUGAUGCAAGUAAAGAAAAUAAUAGUUUGGAAGAAGUUCAUGCAAUCCCAAUUGGGAAAGAUUAUAAUAUUCGUGAUGAAUCAACUUAUGAAAUCCAUCCAAUCAAGAAUCUCGAGGAUCUUGUUUAUGAAUGUGAUUCUAUAUCAGAUAACUUUCAUAUACAUAAUCUGGUGGCUAGUAAAGUUCUUUCAAUACUACAUAAUGGUGUCAUAGAUAUAAAAUUAAUCGAUGCCCCAGGAUUAAAUAUGGAUUCUUAUCAAACCACCCAAGUUUUCUCAAGACAAGAAGAAAUUGAUUUGGUUGUAUUUGUAGUAAGUGCCGAGAAUCAUUUUACGUUAUCAGCUAAGGAAUUUAUCGCAGCUGCUGCGGCUGAAAAGAGAUAUGUGUUUAUUGUGGUUAAUAGAUUUGAUAAUAUUAAGGAUAAAGAAAAAUGUAAGAAUCGAAUUUUGGAUCAAAUCAAGAAUCUUUCACCUGAUACAUAUAAGGAUGCCAAAGAAUUUGUUCAUUUCGUAAGUGCAACCGAUGUACUUGAAGAUGGCGAAGGUGGUGGUGGUGGUGGUGAUGAUGGACCAGAUGAUGGAGGAGAUGACGAUGGUCAUCCUGAUCAUCCUGAUUUCGAUCUUCUUGAAGCUUCCUUACGUAAAUUCAUAUUGGAAAAGAGAUCAAUUUCGAAAUUAUUACCGGCCAAGAAUUAUUUAGUUAAUAUUUUGAAUGAUUUGGAAACAUUAUCACAUAUAAAUGAAAAGAUAUACAAGAAUGAAAAAUUAGAAAAAUUACAAGAAUUGAAUACAAAAGUCCAACCUAAAUAUAAUGAGAUUGUUAAUAAAUCAGGUAAGAUUUGUGAUUCUAUAAAUUCACUUAUUGAAAAUACAUGUAGUGAAAUUUAUGAUCUUACCAGUAAAGAAAUAACAAGGGUGGUUAAUAAUCUCGGUGAGAAACCAGUGGUUAAAUAUGGAGGAUUACAAUAUUUAUUUGAAUAUGCCCGAGAAAGUCAAAAUGCCAUGAUGGAUAUAAUAUUUGAUACUGUUUCCAAAUGUGAAGAAACAACUAAACAAAUCACCACUGAAAAAGUUGAUGAAAUUAUUAAAUAUGGUCAAAAUACUCUUGGAGAAGAAUUCUUGAAUGAUAAAGUAUUUAAAUCUGAUUUAAUGUUUACCAGAAAGAAAGAUACUAUCGGUAGACAAAUUGAUGAUAGUAUUGAAAUCUUAGAUUUCUUUGAUCCAAUCGCAUUGAGAGAUCAAAUCCCCCUGCAAAUAACCUUACACACUAUCUAUUCCUCGGGGAAAUUGUUAACUACUGGUGCAUUGAUUCAUAAAUGUUAUCAAUUCUCGAGAUAUUUGACACCAAAUGUUUUGAAAAAAGUUGCUAUUCCUAUUGUGAUUGGUAUUUCGGGAUUCACGAUUUAUUAUUUAAUCAGUGAUAUUCCCAAUGCGUUACCUAGGAAACAAGCUAGGAAGAUUAAGAAAAAGAUUGUUGAAUUGGAAUAUAGUCAUCAAAAUGCGGUAAGAAUGUCUAGGGAAUGUCGACAAGUGUUGAAUUAUCCAAAUAGGCAAGUUAUGAAUAAUUUCCAAACAACUCUUGAUAAGAGGAUUAAUGAAAAGAAUGAAUUAGAAAAGUCAAUUAAGGAUGCUGAAUUAAGUUUUGGAUAUUUCCAUAACUUAUUGAAAAAAAUACAAUAUCAACAAGGAAAAUUAAAUGAGAUUGAUUUAGAGAGUGUUCAUCUUGUGGAUUAA